ACCCUAACGCAUAAAUAGGAGGUUUUUACGGUUUUGGUGACAUUUGACUUCCAUCAUGACAAACUAUCGAUUUCCUGUUAUUUUUGCAGUUUGUUGCUGCUUUUUUACCACAACAGUUUUGUCAUCAGACCUUGGCACAAUAGAGUUGCGCCUCUAUUUCCGAAAUGGCACUCAUAAACAAGUGAAUGCUUCGAAAGCGGGAGAACUUGUGCGGUCCUUGAACUUACAAGCAAAGACAUUGAUACACUGUCAUGGUUUUAGGCAAUCGACGGAUUCAGACGAUGUUGUUAGCCUAAUGAAAGGUUAUUUAGCUGGUUCUAAUUAUAACGUGAUCGCAGUAGAUUAUAGGCAUGUGUCAUAUAAGGAUUACCUGUCGGCAGUUAUCCUUGCCAAUGACGUGGCUACAGUUAUUGUUCAAAGUAUAAACGAUAUGGUCGCGGCAGGAAUGAAUCAAACAAAACUAGUAGCCUCUGGAUUUUCUUUGGGUGCUCAAAUCUGCGGCGUCAUUGGACGAAAAUUACCCUUCGAGCUACCAGAGAUAAUAGCUGGGGAUCCUGCCGGACCUUUGUUUUAUUUCUUCGACAAAUCGAUAUCUGCUUCGGACGCGACUUGUGUCAAAUGUAUCCAUACUGAUAUGCGCUUUUAUGGAACUGGGGAUGCCUGUGACUACAUAGAUUUCUAUCCAAACGGUGGUUCUAGAGAACAACCUGGCUGUUUAUUGUUCUCACUUCAAGACCUUACGAACUCGUGCAGCCAUAGCAGAGCUGAAAAGUAUAUGAUAGAAGCUGCGAGGCAUCCGAACGCGUUCCCCAGUGUAAAAUGUGACAGUUGGGAUGACUUUAAGAAUGGAAAAUGCAAUCGGAAUAUUAUAACACCUAUGGGAGAAUCUGCGCGAUGCUCAGUGACGGGUAAAUUCUACCUCCAGACAAAUAGUGCAUCUCCGUUUGCGAAGGGAUCAGCUGGUACUUUCUAUCAUUGAGUCUUUUAGCUGAACCGUAUCCCCAUGGAUAUUUUUAUGUAGUAUUGUAGUAAUCUUUAUUAUGUUAUAAUGUUCACGAUUGAAAAUUGUUGCACGCCUUCUGGCUGCCGAUAAAAUGCAAAUCGUCACGAAAA